AGUUGAGUGUAGAUAUUCGGUAUGGAGCAGACUUCACUACUAGACCAGCUCAGUGACGAACAGAAGAAGCGGUUGGAGGAUCUUAAAUGCCAAGCAACAGACUUGGAGGAGUGCCUUUCUGACGCCGAUAUUGAAGAGUUCGAUGAUGGACAGAUACCCCGAGACGAGUCCUUCCAGUCGACCAUCAUCAUCACUAACUUGCCUAAGGUGGAGGAACGGAAGGUUGACAAGCUCAAACACGUCUUACUGAAGACAAUAAAGAAGGUUGAUGGUUGUGACGAGGAGGAACCUGACAUUUACAUGCCUAUCAACGAAGAGGAGGGCCACACUGAUGGUGUUGCAGUGGUCACAUUUGCCAAGGCUAACCACGCUGCUGAAGCUCUGAAGGUACUCGAUCGCUACCAUUUCGGCAAGUCUAACGUACUGCGAACGUUCGCUAUUGAUCACAGAGAUGAGGUACUUGCUUGCAAUGAUGAUGGUACGAUGCCUGAGGAAGACGAGGGUGAGGAGUCCACUGAUCAUUUCCAGCAUAGUCGUUUGAUGGCCGGUUAUACUCUUAAGGACACCAGAGACUGGAUGUUAGACAAGGAAUGGAGGGAGAUGCUCGCUAUAAGGUAUGAGAAGCAGACCGAGGUGUCAUGGUACACUCAUCUCGACAAGCGCGGACCCGUCAUCCAGUACGAUGGUGCUCGGGAGCGGGCCCAGCGUAAGGUGUGGACGGACUCUAAUGUCGCCUGGAGUCCCAGAGGAACCUUUCUGGUCACCUUCCAUAACCCUGGUGUGAAUCUUUGGGGUGGAGAGAACUUUGAGAAGAAGAUCCAAUGUGAACACGCCAGAGUUCGACGUGUCAUUUUCACCAACAACGAAAGAUACAUGAUGACUUGGAACGGUACUAAUCCGUCCCAUGCUGAUCUCUCGGCUGUGCGAAUAUUCGAUCUUUUCACGGGGGAAUGCAAGCGAACUAUGCCUUUGCCAGAGCUUGCUGCGGUUGCGGAUCCUAUCGUUCCUCCUGAGCCCAGUGCUUCGGCUCCUGGAGCUGCUCCUGCUGCUGCACCUAGAGGGAGGCGCACGAUUCCGAUGUACAUGUGGUCUCAAAGUGGGGAUUUCUUCGCUAAGAGGUUGGACAAUGGAGUGAUGAUUUAUGAAACACCUUCAAUGGAGAUGAAGGAAGUGUUGAAGUAUCCCGGGAUUACGGCCAUCUCAUGGUGCCCUGCUAAGCGGGAUAUCCUAGCCGUCUGGGUCCCUGAGAGCGCUAACUCUCCCGCUAGAUUUGCCUUGCUCGAAUCUAAGAAGAAGAGUCCUUUCCAGGAGAUCGUUGCUAAGAAUGCAUUCCAGAUUGACAACAGUCGUCCUGCCGACAUCUUCUGGCACCCCCAAGGUGACUAUGUGGCGACUAACGUCCUACGUGUCUCUAAGAGCGGCAAGACUGGGAACCCUCUGUUGGAGAUCUUCCGUCUUAAUGAGAAGGGUUGCCCUGCUGAGAAGAUUGAGCUGAAGAAUAGAUCUGUGAAGGCCGUUCAUUGGGAACCUCAUGGUAAUAGACUCGCAGUGAUCAACACUAACUCUGAAGGACGUGAUCCUCAGAUAUGGUUCUAUGAGGUGAAGACUACUAGUACGAUGAUUGGAGCCCCUGCGACUGUUGAAAAGGUUGCUGAGUAUAAAAUGACCAACUACAUGCAUCUUUUCAAGUGGAACACCUUUGGAAGAUACUGGGUCAUGUGGUCCGAGUCUAGCGGCGAGAUCGUCUUUGGAUGUCUAACACCCGAGAAUAAGGUUGAUAUCCACAACACUGAUGAGCACUUCAUGCUUAAUCAUGUCUCUUGGGAUCCCAGCGGAAGAUAUCUCCUAACAGCAGUUACUCAGAACAUCUUCGAGAGCGCAGCUGGUCGGGGUUACAGGAAUGCUCAGGAGAGCGGUUUCUGCAUCUGGAGUUUCCAGGGUCGUCUUAUGUAUAAGUGUCCGAAAGAGAGCUUGUGGUUCUCGGACUGGAGGCCUCACCCGAAACAACUGUUGUCUGAGAAGGAGGUCGCGAGCAUAAGGAAAGACUACAAGCAGUAUAGUGCCCAAUACGAGGCUGGUGAUCGCGACUUUGCUAGUCAACAGCGUGCGGCUGCGGUUGCCGAUAAGAAGGCUAUACAGAACGACUUCAGGUCUAUGCUGAAGGAUCUCAAAGAGUACCGUACGGAGAUGUGCAAAUCGUUGGCUUGUGACGACUGGGAGGAGGGCUUCAAGCGCUUGGCUGCAUCAAGAGAGACUGUUACGUUCACUGAGACCAGGGAGGUCGAACAAGGGAAACCUAAGGAGGAGUUGUACUCUUUCUAAGAGGUGUCGAGAUGUAUCUAUAUUUCGUUACUUCUGUCAAGCUGGCCAUCCUAAUGCUACUACCGCAAAAUAUUCCGCUCACGUUUCAACAGUC